CUUCUAUUGUAUUUAUUACUUCUUAUGAAUGGCAUCAAGAAUGGCUUCUCCUGAAUUAACAAAAAACUUGGAGGACGAAGAGAUGAUUUUGACAGGAGGCUUGAAAUCUCUCCUUCCCCACGUACUAAGAAGAAUAAUUCGAUGCAACAGGCUCAGUAUUAGUAAUACUUCCGGAAUGGCGAAGGGCUAUAAACAGGCCAAUGUCGUGAUUUUGCACAAGUCCCUGGCUGAUGACUUUGAGAAGUUUUGCCAUGCAAAUGAUGGACCCCUGCCGCUGCUGUACAGAAGUAAACCGGGUGAUUGGAAAUGUCCUUCUCUGAGUAGCGAUUCUGAUAUCAGAACUGACUGCCUACAGUACAUAUAUGAGCAUGGAGCUUGUACUGGAUCCCUGAAAAACCUAAAGGAGUAUUCUGAACAACUUAAGGACAUGGUGACAUUUUAUUUAGGCUGCAGCUUUUCUUUUGAAAAAGCACUCCAAAAUGCUGGCAUUUCUGUAAGAAAUGUUGAGCAGAAAUGUAAUGUAAGCAUGUAUAAGACAGCUGUACCUUGCUACAGCGUUUCUACCUUUCGCUGCAACUUAGUAGUCACAAUGAGACCUAUUCCUGAAAGCAAGCUGGAAGCAGCAGUGCUAGCAACAUCUGAAUUAAAAGAAGCUCAUGGAGCACCCAUUCACAUAGGUGAUCCUGGUCUACUGGGAAUACAAGAUCUUUCCAGAUCAGACUAUGGAGAUCCAGUUCACCUUCAUCCUGGUGAUAUUCCAGUGUUUUGGGCCUGUGGAGUAACGGGAGUAGAAGCAGUCAUCAACUGCAGAGCUCCAUUAUCUUUUACUCAUUCUCCUGGCUGCAUGUUUAUUACUGAUGUAAAGAAUAACAAUGUCACAGUCAGAUCCUCAAGAGAAGUCCCACAAGUCUACUGCAUUUCUCAAGAUCCUCUGCAUUAUAGUAUUGUGUCAGCAGAAGCAGCCCGAAAGAUAAAGACUCUAGAGACUCUAAUUGGAAUAGAUCCAGGAGACCGGGGUAUAAUUCAUCUGUGCCGCCAGGACGAGCUGCUGAAAGCUUGCUUGUCCAUCUCCCAUGCUCGGUCAGUGCUGAUAACAACUGGAUUUCCUACCCACUUCACUUAUGAGCCACCGGAAGAGAAUGAUGGGCCCCCAGGAGCCCUUGCUAUUGCAGCUAUAUUGCAGGCCUUGGAGAAAGAGGUUUCCAUAGUAACCGAUCAGAGAGCGAUGAAUCUGAAUAAAAAGAUUAUUGAAGAGGCUGUUCAACUAGGAAUCCUGAAGAAACCCGUCCCUCUAUUGAGUUAUAAAAGGCAAAAUGCUGAUUCAGCUUUAAUGUUUUUGUGUGAGAAUGGGAAUCCUGGGAGACCUAGAUUUGAUCACCUGAUAGCAAUAGAGCGUGCUGGGAUGGCUGCUGAUGGCAAUUAUUACAAUGCCAGGAAAGUUAACAUUAAACAUCUUGUGGAUCCUAUAGAUGAACUAUUCUUAGCUGCACAAACCAUUCCAGCAGUCAAAACAACGGGUGUUGGAGAUGGAGGAAAUGAAUUAGGAAUGGGGAAAGUAAAAGAUGCUGUAAAGAAGCACAUAAAAAAUGGAGAUGUUAUAGCUUGUGAUGUUGAAGCUGAUUUUACUAUUGUAGCUGGGGUCUCUAACUGGGGAGGCUAUGCCAUUGCUUGCGCUCUGUAUAUCCUCAGCACCUGUGAAAUACAUGACCGCUAUCUGAGGAAAGCUAUUGGGUUUCCACAGUUAUCGAAGAAGAUGGUCUGGCUAUCAGCACUUCCAUCAGUUGCCAAGGAAGAAAAGCUUCUGAAAACACUUGUGCGGCAUGGGGUCCGCAGUGGAAAAACUGCCAGCCUAGAAAUGGAAGUGGAUGGGCUGCCCUUCUACAACACCCAUUCACUUAUGAUUGAAAAGCUGCUGCAUGAAGUGCAGCAGUAACUGCCCCUAAUGAUUUCUAUAUCAAGAGUUGCUCACAUGUUAUUUCCUUAUUCCCACAAGGUAUAAAAGAUCAGAAAAAUAUGACUUUUCAUCUCUGGUAUCUUAGCCACACACAACCUUUCAGUUCCCCUUACAACAUCGUUAUGAAGUGAGAAGGGGAUGCCGUCAUGAGGUCUACCUUUCUUUGCUGUAAUUUUAUAAUGGACAAUGGGUAUUAAAUGAUUCUUUAUACUAAGAGGUGAUCUGGCUUUUACAAAGAAAGCUUGUCAUUAUAAUGAAAAAUUACUUCAUUGCUGUUCCUGUUUUACUAACCUCAUAACUGCAACAGGAAGCAACUCUUGCAGCAAUUUGGAUUUAAAAAUACCCUGUGGUAGGGAAAACAGCUGCAGUGGAGAGGUGAGGUUCAAAAAAACAAAAAAAAGACCCAGUAAGUCUUACAAUAGUGAAAGUUCUUAAAUACAGUUCCCUUGGACAUUUCCUGUAGCCCCUCUAGCACUGUCUUCUUAUGGUGGGGGACAGUUUGUGGAAGCGUGAGGAGAUAAGAGGAGAGCUUUAACUGAACAGAAGAAAAUAAGGGCAGUGUUGCAGACGUUCUGCGUAAAGGGCAGGCUAUACUCUUUGUCUCCUUCGUAUUAGUAGUUUAGCGUUUAUAGAUUUUGUUCCUUUCUGGGUAAUACAGGAGGGUUGCGGACAUUUCAGGGUAUCCUGCCAUUAAGAAUAAAUGAAUUAAAUACAUAAAUAUUGAUUAAAAAAUAAUGCUUAAAAAUUAUAGCAUAUUUAGAAAUUAAAAGUAAUUUGCAUUCUGUGUGAAAUAAAGUUAUGUAAGUGAAUAUUUAGAUUAAAUCAAAUAAUAAAAAUUCAGCUUCUAAUGAGAUUGAGUGAAGAAAUAUUAAAUUAUACCUCAAAGGCCUACUAUACCGAACCAGUACAUGACAAAUGGUUGUGAAUUGUCCCUGGCUUCUGUCAUUUAAAGCUGUGAUUUUACUAUAACUGCAGGUGAGUGCCAGGGUUGAAGUUUUGCUGUCCACCCAUAUAUCAGAGGGGACAUGGUAUAUUUGACACUGCACCUCUCAGGCACUGAUUAUUUAGCUGUCAUAACGUUAUUAUAAUUCUGAAGUCCAGGAGUAUAUACAGCCCUUAAAGCCUUAAAGCAGUUGAACACAUGAGAGAAAAAAAUUCAUAAUGCCAGACUUCCUGCUGGACAUUCUGACUCACCAAAGCUCCUGAUGUUUAUUUUAUGGAUCAGUCAUUCUUUUAGAUUCAUUUUAUUUAAAACUUUCUUGAAGGAUGUUACAGUUACAGUAAAACUAUAUGUGAAGUUUCACAAUUAGAAAAUAGCUUCUUUAGAAGUCUCCAAACUCACCAAGCUAUAACUAUUAACUAAAAUGUUUUGUAUGAACGCUUGAGCUUUUUGCCAAAGUAAAUAACCCUGCAAGAUGGUGCUGUAUGUUCACUGCUGAACUGAACCCACAAAAUUAAAUUACCAUCAUUUAGAAAUGACUGUUUUGGAAAACAGGCAGCUGGUUUAUUCCUCUAUGCACAGUAGAUAACUGACAUUUUACACUAACAGGUACCAUGCAUGUUAUUCUUUCCAAACACUAACUUUUGUCUAAAAAACACUUCAGUUAGUAAACUGUUGCUCCUUUGUCCUCCAAAUAUGUUUUAGGAGUCAGAUUUCAUUAAUAACUUUAAAAUGUAAUAUUUUACUUGUCUUUAUUGUGUUUUUUAAAAACGCCUUCUUUGCAGUCCCAAGUGCUGUAUGUGAUAGCAAUGUGUAGCAUGUUUGUAGCAACCGUGGUAGGACUCUUAAUUGACUAUGUUCUGACUGAGAUGGAAAGAAGAGCUCUUCGUGGGAGUUGCCUUCCUCCAGUAUUGGUUAGAUUUCUACAGCCUAAGCCUAAGAGUUAAAAUAUAGAAUGAAUUGAUAAAAUAUUGACUUGGGAGGGGGCAGUGCAAGGGGAGAGGAGAAAGAAAAAACUUCCCUUACUCUUGUGAGUUAUCUGGUUAAAUGUUGAGAUCUGUGCCAGAAUGCUGGGCUCCAUUACACAAGUUUCCAUCUGAUUUUAAACUGCAGCAACUAACCAAAAGCUGAUCACAUCAAAGUACUAACUCAAAUAAGCCUGAAUCUCUCAGAUGACAAUUUGAUGUAAUAUGGCAUGCUCUCCAUUCCAGCUGUCUAAUUUAAACAACAUGGAUAACUGUAAAGAAGUAAAGCAUAAACAAGACAACAAAUGUUUAAUCCUAGAACAAACCACGUGUGUGUCUUAGAGCCUGCGAGGUCAUAAGAGUCCAAGUAGUUGGCUCGGUGCUGAAUAGUAUUCAGUGCGGCGUUAUGGUAGUCAGAAGUCUGCUUUACAAUCCCGUUGACUUUGACAGGAGAUUAGAAGAAGACUAGGAGAAAGUAAAGCUAAACAGCACUAAUAAUCAGAAGAAAAAAGAUGCACGCAGAAGGUAAUUAAUCCAGCUUGCUGAGUAGUCUAAAUGUAAAUUAAACAAGCCAAAUAUUAACCUAAGCAAACCUAAUCCCCUCCUGAGAGUGGGGACACGAAUCCUUUCUGCAAGAGGAGGGAGGAGAAGAUCUGUAGUCUGACAAAUAAAAACUGUGGCCAAAGCCAUACAAGGUAGUUAUUUCAAACAUAGAGGGAAUAAAUACAGGAAGAAGAUAAUAGAAACGUUCUUUAUUAAACACAUCCCCUAAUUAUUUCUAACAUUGCACUCUCAAGAUGCUUUUCAGAAAACUGUUAGAAUAUAUUGCCUUUUAGAAACUGUGUUACAGGGACACACUUCAGAUACCAGGAGCAGCCUGUCUGUCUAGAGAAUGUUUUGACAUUAAAAGAAAAAGCCCUGAACCAAAGCUAAUUGUACUGCUGGAAGUUAUCAGCUCCAGGCUGCAGAGGGAGAGAGGUGUUUCAAGAAAGGUUUGAAACCAGAGAAGUGAAAGGACAAGGAAAUAGUGAUGGUGUAAGAGUUACAGAUACAAGAAGGUAUGAUGAGCAGAUCACAAAGAAGAAUCAUGCAGGAUUCGUAGAAUAAAGAAACAAAUUAAGGAGCCUAGAGAGAAGAUACUGGUAGAGACAAUCCUACAGAGCCUAACUCUCACAUCUUAGCUGCCAUUAUUUCCACUUAUUCCUGUAUUUUGUCUUCUGUCUAAACCAGGAAACACAGGUCAUUUACACACUGUAUUUCUGAUACCUUGUUUACUGAACAAUGACCAAACCCUAAGCUAUAGUACCAGUUGGAGAAAACAAGAGUUUAAACGGUUUCCAUUGAACAGUUUCCCUGACAAACUGCUAUUUAAUUGCUUGUAUGGUCUACGCUGCAAAAGACACAAAUUGCAAAGGACACAAUCCUUUCUAAUCCUUCCUACAAAGGAUUAGUAGAAUUAAUGUAACUAAAUUUGUCUUUCAACACAGGGACUCAGAGAAAUGUGUGGGCUCAAAGGGCCUCACAUACCACCAACAUCCU